AUGGAGCGUGAUUCUGGAUUUUUCAGAGAUUUAGUUUUUGAUGGCCGUCCAGCAAACUACAGAGAAUUCAGGAGAAAAACAAUUCUUGCAGUAGCAGGCCUGGAGGAGAAACAUGUUCACCUCGCAGGUCCACGUCUUUUGACCAGGUUGCAGGGUGAGGCUUAUCGAGCCACUGAGCACCUUUCUGUGUCGGAUUUGCGCCGUUCAGACGGCUGGCUGCAGGUCCUGAGGGCCUUGGAUAAGCACUACGCUUUUCUGCCAGGGACCGAACUGCAUGAAGCAAUAGAUAGCUUUUUGUUCGACCUUCGCAAACGACCUCAUGAAGGUGCCACGCAGUUUGCAAGCCGUUUCAAGACUGCGUUGUCCCGUGUGCAAGCCUUGGUCGCCCAAGACCGUGCUGCUUCGAAGUCCAAGAAACGUAGAACUUCUGGUCCUGAAUCCAAUAUGCCUGAUGCUGAGACGCCGCCUGCCAGUAGCCUAGCACCUACCGAAGGUGAAGAUGAAGAUGAUGAGAAAGAUGAUGAAAAGCCGCCUUCUGCAUGUGCUGGUGAAAAAGAUGAAAAAGAUCAAGCUUCUCAUGAAGAAGAACCGAAGUCAGCCCGUAGCCAUGCCUCUGUAGAUGAGGGCAGGAGAAAGAAAGGUCCCGGUUCUGGUAAAAGCUCUCGUGGAACUUUUGCUGCUGAUCGUAAACGUGAAGAACUGAGAAUGGCUCAUUUGUUGGGCACAAUUGAAGUUGGCCAUACAAAGCCGUCUCCUAUUUUUCCAUCAACAGUUUUGGGUCAUUUGUUCAUGCGCAAGUAUGGUCUUUCCCGUGAACAACGUGCACAAGUGAUCCGUUCAACUGGUGGAUCAUCGAAAUUUCAUGAAGUGGAGAGGAUUUUGAGAGCCUCUGAUUUUGAUGAAUCUAGGAGCCGUGCUGAUGAGCGACGACAUGCCCCUGUGUCCCAUUCUGCCAGACCGCCUCGCAGAGAUACUAUGAUGAUUCAGCAAGAAGCCCAUGCCGUGGAUGAUGAAUCUUCUGAAAUCAUGGAACCAAUGACCAGUGGUUCCGAAUCUGACCAUGCACUAGCAGUUGAUCAGCCUGAUGAGAUGCAACAGGAUGAUGAUGACAAUUCAACUGACCGUGAGCUGCAGGAAGUCUAUGAGAUCAAGGACAAGGCCAAGAAAGACUUCAAAAGAUCCUUCAAGACAUACAAAGAGAGUAGACGCAAAGUGAAAGAGAUCAAAAAGUCCAGACAGCCUUACUACCCUGUGGUAGCCUUGAGUCAACCGCAAGACAUGCCUAGCAAAUCUGGUUCAAGUUCUACAUCAAUGGGUCAGAUGCCACGGAAGGGUGACUUCAAGUAUGACAAGACUAAAAGCUCUGUGAAAAGUUCAAAUGCGAAACGCAAGCCAAACGAGUUCAGACCACGGAGAGAAGAUGCAAAUUUCACUGAAGCAGAAAUCGCUGAAGCCUUUGCCUACAUGGUGAACGAGGUCUUCGCUGGAACUGAGUCCUUAGACGUGCUGCUUGCGUCAAUUCCUGAUGGCUGUGCAGUGAUCGAUACUGGUUGCACGACCAGUGUGGUAGGUCAACAAACGGCUGAACGUUUUUCCAAAUUGUUUCAAAGCCUGAACCUGCCGAUUCCAAAGCCAUGUGAAUUGCCUGCAGUAGAGUUGAAGGGAUUUAGUGGGGAUAAGAGGGGGAUGGAGGCAACCUUAGAUAUGGGGAAUGGCACCAUCACCAGCAAAAAGCACAACAUGGUGAAUUUCCCGCUGAAACGGGCUUCCAAUGGUCAUUUCCUCCUGCCGUUUUGUGAGAUCCCGUCCGAGUUUCAGCUUGAUGUUUCAAAGCGAUCUGCUGAUGUGAGUUUAGCUGAUACUGGAGAUAUGCCCAGUGACCUAUCCGAGCCGAUGUCAUCAUCCGAUGACGACAGCAGAGAAGCCGGCCGUGCUGACACCAAUGAGCCCAAUGACGCAGCCCCUGCAGCCGCUGAGCAGAGGCACCUGAGUGCCGUUUCUGAAGCGUGGCAGUUACAGCGUUUGUUUGGUGGUCACUGUCAUGCGGAGAACCCAUUGACUUCUGAAGCAUGGUCACAGUUGCAAUUGCUUGAUUUCCAUGAAGUCCGCAUUGACAUGUGCAGCCUUGGCAUGCGAUGUCCAAAGACAAACGUCCCUGUGCUUAAGCCCACGAAGAUCGUCACCACGAUGCCAGAACUUGCAGAACGACUGCUGAAGUGCCGUUGUGAUCAUUUGCACCAACAUGCCCAUCUUGAAGGUGCGUACAAGGGUCGCAACUUGUCCUCUUGGUGUGAAGUUUAUCCAAGUAAGUUCUGCCGAGUAGUCUCUGAAGUUCUGAGCAACUGCCGUGCCAAGUUACCGAGACUUGAAGAUGUUUUGUUUGACGAAUCCGAUGCACUUGAACCAGCUGAUCCGGAACAACCGUGCAGCCCAGAGGGACUUCGACCAGUGCCAGAGGACGAAGCUGAAUUCCGCAGCCUUGCCCGUUCUUUGUCGGAAGGACGUCUGCAUCCCGAGCCGGAGCAAGCUGAACAAAAUGUUUCCUCCAAAUCAGGUCAGUUUGAAGAUCUUUCAGAAGAACACAAACCCAUAGAAGAAGAUCAUGAACUUGAGGAUGAUUUGUGGGAAGAGCCGAAUGUAGAAGACUCACAGCUUGAACAAGGUCCCAAAAAGAUCAGGCGUAGGUUCUACAGGUCAGAUGACUAUUGGAGAAGAAGGGCAGAGGGCGCACCACCCAGCCUUGAUGAUGCAGAGAUCGGUCAAGAUGCGCAAUCUGGUGUACAGUCAGAAGCUUUGCCUGAAACUCCUGAAUCACAACCUCCGAUCACUUCCGAAGAUGAAACCGCAGUCAAUGAUCCAAUGCCACCUGCAGAACCCGAACCUAGAGAUGUGCAGCCUCAUGAAGUUCCGGUGCCAAUGGAUGAUGGUGAUGAACUGAUUGUAGAACAUGAAGAAAAUAAUCCGGUUCCUGGUAAGCAUGAUGUCAUGGAAGUAUCUAUAGAAGUCCGCCCAGAGGACAUCACUGAACAACAGUUGUGCUUGUGGGAAGCGAUUGAAGAUUGCUUCGACGUGCAGCAGCCAGCGAAACAACGCCGGGUUGAGGUCAGUUUCCGGAAAUUGAAUGAGGAGGAUAAGAAAAGGUUUGAGGUUGCAAUGAAAAAGGAGUGGCAACCGCCCCCUGAAAUAAAAAGAUGGAUGGACCUCACCGACGAGGACCUGUUUCGCUUGGAGAAAGCAGCCUACGGGCUAGCAGAAGCCUCACGGGCCUGGUUUCUUAGGUUGAGCCGAGAAUUAGCCCAACAAGGUCUAAAGGUAUCCCAAUUGGACCGCUGUUUGUUUACCCUGAGAAAUUCCAAAAACGAACUGGUUGGUGUCUGUGGUGUUCAUGUUGACGAUCUUCUAGGUGGAGGAACCCCAGAAAUGGAUGCUGUUCUUGAAAAACUGAGGAAGUGUCUUCCCUUUGGUGAUUUUAGAACAUAUACAAUCCGUUACACUGGAAUAGAGAUUCGUCAGAACCCCAAUACAUUUGCCAUUGAGAUCAAUCAGGAAACAUACAUCGAUUCCUUGGAGCCUGUCUCAACCAAGAGCCUUGGGUCUUCAGGAACCCCUGUGCGUGAUCCUUCUUUGCUGCGAAGGUGUGCUGGACAGCUGGCAUGGGCCGCAGGUUCAACACGUCCUGACAAAGCAUUCUUAGCCUCUUAUUUGCAAGGUAUCCAGGAUAAAGCCACUGUAAGCCAUGUUGAACUUUACAACAAAGCACUGAGAGAGAUGAAGGAAAGAAAAGUUGUAAUGAAGUUUCCCUCAAAUGUUCCCAUAGAACAAUGGCGAAUAGUGUGUAUAUCCGAUGCCGGCCAUGCAAAGAGAGCCAAUGGGGAUUCGCAGGGUGGUUACCUCUUGGGACUCACCAAUACCUUGAUGAGAGAUCGGAAAACCGCACCGAUGUGGUUGGUGGAUUGGGCAAGCAAAAAGUUGCAGCGUGUGGUCCGUUCCUCAACAGCCGCAGAAACACAUGCUGGAAACAAUGCCUUAGACGCCAUAGAGUUCUUUCAAGGUCUUCUUGCAGAAACAGUGUAUGGAAUUGCACCCAGAGAAUUCCGAAAACAAAGGCCGAAACACCCAGCCUUGCUUGUUGUGGAUUCCAGAGGUUUCUAUGAUGCUUCCAGUAAACUGAGCAGUGCAUCCACCAGUCAAGAGAAAAAGUUAGAACUAGAAUAUGUCAUUGCCAGAGACUCCAUGUUGCGUCAAAAUAUAGAAAUAUACUGGAUAAACAAUAAGUACAUGGCCGCUGACAUUCUCACAAAACUCAAUAGCGACAGUAAACCUUUCUUUGACUUGAUGGAGAGUGGAAAAUAUCAGAUCAAAGUUUGUAAGGAGUCCGGGAGUAAAGAGAAAGCCAGCGACAAGCGAGGCGAACAGGUCAGUCAAGGUAAACAGCCGUGA